GUUUGGCCUGAGGAACUAUUCUGAUCUAGUCCCUUUUUCUACCUAAUUAUUAACACUUCUUCGUCUCUCUCUCACCUGUUUCUAUCUCUUCUGUCUGCUGUCUUCUCUCCUUUCCUUCACUUCUGGUGGUGUGGUGCUGUGUUUGUCCCUCCUUCCUUUUUCAUCUGUACUUUAUUCCCUACAUUCUUUGUUAUUCCCUUGAUACGCCCUCCAUUCGUUUCUCUUCUACGCGCCAAAGAACAAGGCGUGGGAAGACUCUCAGUACUGGUUACUGACCCAAAUAUUGUUUGCUACUUGCAUCGAUCAUUGCUGGCUCAGUGAUCAUAUCAGCAGUCAAUUGAAAAUGGCCUUUCUUCGCACUCCAAUCGUGCUCUUGCUGGCGCAGAUACUGCUUUUCCUGGGCCUUGUCAGUGCAGUUCCUACCCCGGAUUCUCUCGAUUUGCAUGCAAAUCUAGCUAGAGAUACCGCGUCGAGCUUCUGGGUAGCCAAUAUCAAGCGUCAAGGCGCCGUGGCUUUUGGCCAGAGCUCGGGUUAUCAGGUUUACCGCAAUGUAAAGGACUUUGGCGCCAAAGGCGACGGAGUAACCGAUGAUACUGCGGCGAUCAACCAGGCCAUGUCUUCCGGUAACCGGUGCGGAAAAGGCUGCGAUUCCUCUACCACCACUCCUGCUCUGGUUUACUUUCCUCCCGGUACAUACGUUGUCUCGAAGCCCAUCAUCCAGUACUACUACACUCAGAUCGUCGGUGAUGCCGUUAAUCUUCCUGUGAUCAAAGCAUCCGCCGACUUUACAGGCAUGGCGGUGAUUGACGCCGACCCGUACGAGAAUGACGGCUCCAACUGGUAUACCAACCAGAACAACUUCUUCCGCGCCAUUCGCAACCUUGUCAUCGACCUUAGGGCCAUGCCUAUGAGCUCCGGUGCUGGUAUCCACUGGCAAGUGGGUCAGGCAACCAGCUUGCAGAACAUCCGCUUCGAGAUGAUCAGGGGAGGAGGCGACGCCAACAAGCAGCAAGGUAUCUUCAUGGACAACGGCUCCGGUGGUUUCAUGUCCGACCUGACCUUCAACGGUGGCAACUACGGCAUGUUCGUUGGCAACCAGCAGUUCACAACCCGCAACCUGAGCUUCAACGACUGCAACACGGCUGUUUUCAUGAACUGGAACUGGGCCUGGACGUUCAAGUCCAUCUCCAUCAACAACUGCCAGGUCGGUCUCAACAUGUCCAACGCCCCUCAGAACCAGACAGUUGGCUCCGUUCUCCUGCUCGACAGCUCCGUUACCAACACUCCCACUGGCGUUGUCACCGCGUUCACUCAGGACAGUAUUCCCGUCGGCGGCGGGGUGUUGAUCCUUGAGAAUGUCGAUUUUACCGGCUCCAAUGUGGCCGUUGCCGGUAUCAGUGGGAACACGAUCCUCAAAGGCGGAUCUGUUGUGGCUAGCUGGAUCCAGGGUAACACCUACAGUCCAACAAACUCUCUCAACAAGCGCGCCACUCAGGCCAAGGUUCGCGUGGUGACAGAGACGAUUGUCGAGACCGUCAUUGCUUGCCCUGCGCAGUACAGUGAGACCCUAGAAUCUGCCCCGGCAAGAACAGCGCCUGCGACAACAUCGACAGAGACGCGCCAAUCCAACGCAGAUACCUACGAGUCGACUCAGGUAGCAGGCCAGCUCAGUGCAGCCAGAACUAGCCCUGUGGUGUAUCCCACUCUAUCUGGCGGCCUUUCCAAGCCUGGUUUUGGUUCUGGUUCGACCAUCGGCUCUCAAGUGUCAUGGAGUCAAAACCCGCCUGCCCCGCCUGCGGAAACUGUCGCUGCCGGAAAGCCUUCAGCAGCUCCAUCUGGUGGCGGCUCCGCCGGAGAGACGCCUGUCGUCGUUCCAAAUGCUCCCCACACCACGAGCACCAGGCCAGAUAUUCCCACGGGGCAGGUCUCCGCCUCCUCGGCCACAGUCGCUUCGAUAGCCGUGGCCCACAGUGCCGCUGCAUGCGCGAGCAAGGCAAUCACCAAGACCCGUGUUCAGACCGUCAUGCCUCAAGCGACCAAGCCAAGCUCUUUAUUGAAUGGCCCGAAGGUGUUUGAGCGAUCCAAGCCACUGUACACUGAAUACGCCGCUUCGUCCUUUGUGAGCGUCAAGUCGGCUGGUGCCAAGGGUGAUGGCCAAACCGAUGACACCGCCGCCAUCCAGAAAGUGCUGAACAGCGUGACCGAAGACCAGAUUGUCUACUUCGACCACGGUGCCUACAUCAUCACCGACACUAUCAAAGUGCCCAAGAACAUCAAGAUCACCGGUGAAGUCUGGCCCCUUCUCAUGGCUCACGGCGACAAAUUUGCCGACGAAAAGAACCCAAUUCCCCUACUUCAGAUUGACCAAGGGCCCGCGCCCGGCGCAAUUCUGAUGGAAUGGAAUGUUGCCGAAGCCAGCCAGGGAUCUGUGGGUAUGUGGGAUGUGCACUUCCGCAUUGGCGGCUCCGCGGGCACGGAACUGCAAAGCGACAAGUGCUCCAAGACGCCCAAGAUGACCACAACCCCCAACCCGGAGUGCAUCGGCGCAUUCCUGUUGCUGCACAUCACCGAGCAGGCAAGUGCCUACAUCGAGAACUCUUGGUUCUGGACGGCGGACCAUGAGCUCGAUCUGGCCGACCACAACCAGAUCAACAUCUACAACGGCCGUGGUGUCCUGGUUGAGAGCAAUGGACCCGUCUGGUUGUAUGGUACGGCCUCGGAGCACCACCAGCUGUACAACUACCAGGUUGCAAACGCGCAGAACACUACAUGGAAAGAUCCCACCUUCUCCCACUGCACGACCGCCUCGUGCCGCAAGGCCUGGGGUCUGCGCGUGAUAAACACCUCGGAUCUGUUCGUGUACGGGGCGGGUCUGUACAGCUUCUUCGAGAACUAUGGCCAGACAUGCUUGGACACCGAGUCGUGCCAGGAAAACAUGGUGGAGGUUGACUGCUCGAAUGUCCAUCUGUACGGGCUGAGCACCAAGGCCAGCGUCAACAUGAUCACGUCGUCGAGCGGCGCGGGUAUUGUCCCGCAGGACGAGAACGAGAGCAACUUUUGCUCUACUAUUGCUCUCUUUGAACAAUCGUGAUCAUUUUCGUUGACUGUUGCGUGCGCUGAUGAUGGUCAUGGCUCUCUUUCUUGUUCUUUGUUUUUCUUGGGUUUAUUUCACAGGACACCCGG